UUCUCUGCUCAAUCGUUACAGUUUUCCUGAGUAAUUUGAAUUUCAAAGGGAAAAUGAAGGCGGUAGACUUGAAUGUUCAUCCUUUAAAACCAGAAAUCAAGAAGAGGGCGGGUUCUAUGAAGGACCCAAACCAUGCUAAGAAAAGCAAGAGAGAGAAGGACCCAAACCAGCCAAAGAGGCCUCCUUCUGCUUUCUUGCUCUUUAUGGACGCAUUUCGGGUGACCUUCAAGAAGGAGAAUCCCGACACAAAGGGCAUUGCCGUUGUUGGGAAAGCUGGAGGAGAAAAAUGGAAGUCCAUGACUGAUCAGGAAAAGGCUUCGUAUAUUGCCCACGCUACUCAAAAGAAAGCUGAAUACGACCUUGCAAUGGCUGCAUAUAAAGGCAAAGAGAACGUCCCCCAGUGAGUAAAGAUUAGGCAGGGUCGGUCUUCAAGAGUAGGAGGUAGGUUUGGACAUUCUCUCUCUACGAACUCAUAUCUGAACAGUGAAAAUGGUGGUGUUCUAAAUAACAGAUGGACAUGCCGUUGUUGCCUUCCCCUUUUUUCCUUCAUCAAUUUCUUUCAUAGCAUUUGUCAUUUUCUUUGCAUUAUGUGGUUUCUGAUUGACGAUGAAGAAGAGAGAUUCAAUA